AGCCCCAGAGUGGGGCACUAGGCUACCAGAAGGCCGAGGAAACGGAGGGAGCUAUGGAGUCCGAUUCGGAUGAGGAGACGCCAACACCAAGCACUGGAGUCAAGAGGAAGAGGGAUUCCCAGCCCACCGACAAAGGCAGGGAGAAGGCAUUGAAGUUAACGGAGAAGGUGACGGCAACCCUGCGGCAGAUCCAAGAAAAACAUAAGGGAGGGAAAAUGCCGAAGAUAAUCAUCUUCUGCUCCAAGCGGGGUAAAAAAGUCAGCGAAAAUCAGCCCAAGACGGAUGAAGAAGAACAACAGGAUCCUGCCCCUCCGAGUGAGGAUUGUGCCCCUCCAAGUGAGAAUUCUGCCUCUUCCAGUGAGGAGUCUCUCACUGCAAGUGAGGAUUCUCGCACUGCAAGUGAGCAGUUUCCCUCUGAAACGGAGGAGUCUCUCUCUGAAAGUGAGGACUUUCCCUACACCCCCAAGUGA